CACGCGUCUUUCGCUGUCCUUACAUGGAACUUAAAGUCUUAAACUAUUCGCAAAGAGACACGACGCUAUAUAUAAAAGAGUUGGAAUCCAGAAGAUAAUUAGCAGCAACCUAUCAAAAGUGAGUAAGUGAGAUGACAAUGAAGGGUUCUUUGAAUUUGAGACUUGUGUUCUUGCUUCUAUUGGUUCUUUUGCUCUCAUGCUCUAACGACUAUGCUCUUUCGUCUUCACAAGAGUUACGCCCAUCAUCAGGAGGGAGAAGAAUGAUGAGACGGGUUAAAUCAUCAAGUAGUGGACAUGGUGGAGGAGGUGGUCCAGGUGGAGGUGGUUCAAGUGGAGAUGGUAAUUUACCAUUGCCAUCACAUCCCCCACCACUAUUACCACCGUUAUGUCAGCCGUCACCAUCAGUGCCGCCACAAUCAGAGGCACUAUCACUUCCAUGAAUUGAAGAAUAUAAACUUACAAAAAACAUAAACAAAAUCUAAUCAAAGUGGUCAACCUAUCAUAUAUUGUGAAGAUUGUUCCUUUUCAGCAGAUGAGAUCUAAUGCAACUUAAAAGUAGAAUUCAUAUUCAAUAUAUGAUUCAUUAUAAAUAAAAUAUUUAUUUAUGAUUUAUUCAACAUUUGAUUUGGUGAUUCAAAAUGAGGAUAGAGCCUUCUUCUCUAAGUUCUUUUUUGUUUGUUUGUUAGUAAUUGUUUUAAAUUCUUUCAACGAAUAUUUUUUCUGAACAAACACUUGUUUUCAUUUCAGUAAGAUAGAAUCCAAGUACAUAUACAAAAAGAGUUUGAGAGCUCAAAUUUUUAAGUAAAACAAUAGAGGGUAUUCCCUAUGCCUUACAAAGAGAGAUAAGAGGAUAGAUAAGCUUAGCUAACAAACAUACUUUGAGAACUUUGAGCCAAAACCUGGAUAGCGUUUUGGUACAUGUGAGAUUAAAGAUUAUCGACUGUAAGAUGAUUUGUUUAGUGGAAGUUGAAUUAUCUUUCUUAAAAAUUGUUCCUUCAAAACCUUUUCAUACACCCACUACAACUUAGAAAAGAUCUCACAUUACACCAAAUCAGCCUAUUCAACCUAAAUUCCACAAAAUAGUCAGGGUUAUCUUUAAAUUCUUAAAGGUUAUAUUAGAUGCAUUUCGGGAGGGGAAGAGCAUCACAAAUCACAAGAACAACUGAGCAAUCAACCAGCUCAUACUAGAAGUGCUCCUCCAUUACCGUUCUUUUUACCACCACUGUCAGUAGUUUUUAUGAAACGACACAAAUAGAAGUUUGAGUUUUGUUUUCUAUUUCUGUUGAAAUAUGUUGUAACAUUUGCAAACAUUAAUAAGUGAUGUAAGGGAAUCUCGAUAAGUAGUUCUACUUCCACA